UUUACACAUAUAUCAGUUUCAGUCCGCCAUCUCCAAGCUUACUCUCUCGAUUGCGGCACAAACUCGUAUCAACAGCUUUUCAAGAUGGUUGAAGAAGUUAAGACAGUGAUUCCAGAGUCGGUGUUGAAGAAGAAAAAGAGGGAAGAGGAAUGGGCUUUGGCCAAAAAGCAAGAGCUUGAGGCUUUGAAAAAGAAGAAUGCUGAGAACAGAAAGCUCAUCUUUAACAGAGCCAAGCAGUAUUCUAAGGAAUAUGCUGAGAAGGAGAAGGAGCUGAUCCAGCUAAAGCGUGAGGCUAAGUUGAAAGGAGGAUUUUAUGUUGAGCCCGAGGCUAAGCUUCUGUUCAUCGUUCGUAUCCGUGGUAUUAAUGCAAUGCAUCCGAAGACGAGAAAGAUAUUGCAGCUCCUGCGGUUGAGACAGAUCUUCAAUGGUGUCUUCCUUAAAGUGAACAAAGCCACCGUGAACAUGCUCCACAGGGUCGAACCCUAUGUGACAUUCGGAUACCCGAAUUUGAAGAGCGUGAGGGAACUGAUUUAUAAGAGAGGUUAUGGAAAGCUGAACAAGCAAAGAACUGCUUUGACCGACAACUCCAUAAUCGAACAGGCAUUGGGCAAGUAUGGAAUUAUCUGCGUGGAAGAUCUCAUUCACGAGAUAGCGACCGUCGGACCUCAUUUUAAGGAGGCAAAUAACUUCUUAUGGCCAUUUAAGCUCAAGGCACCAUUGGGUGGUCUGAAAAAGAAGAGGAACCACUAUGUUGAGGGUGGAGAUGCUGGAAACCGCGAGAACUACAUCAACGAGCUCAUCAGGAGAAUGAAUUAGGUUUCGGCAGAGUUUUUCCUUGGUUCAGAGAUUGUGAGCAUUUAUUGUCAUUGGAAUUAGUCUAAGCUUAAAAUUGUUCUUGAAGUUGAAAAGAGUUUUAUCUCCUUUUUAUGGUAUUUUAACGUCUCAGACUUCGGAUGCUAGAAAAUUUUGCUGCAUUUCAGAAGUUUUUAA